CUCCAAAAAACUUUCAGCACCUGAACUGAAAACAAAGAGGGGUCUGUUCCUCCGCCGGGCUUCCCGACAGCAACAGCAAUCCCUCUAGCAUGAAGGAUUUGGGAAACUCUGCUGCAUCUGUUUCAGGGAAGAGUCUUCAAGCGAUGAUGAAUGUGUGCUUGAGAAACACCAGAUGGCGAAUAAUGUCACAGCAGAAUGCAUAACCCCGACUUUGGCAAGUCUGCCACCCCAUUACCACGGCUCUCCAGGGCUGGUUGAUGGUGUUGUCCUCGGUCAUCCUGGAGCAUUGCCCCUCCUGCUUCCACGUGCCAGAAGAGCCACCGUUCGGUGCCUCAUCCCGAAGCCAGCUUGGCCACCUUGGAUAGAUGCCACCUCGGGUUUUUUUCCCAUAUCUUGUACUCAGAACACAAACAUUUUGGAAGCCAGGUGUUAGCUAUUUAGCAGUCCAAGAGGUCAUUACAGGAAUAUGAGCAAAGCCACGUGCGAGCAGUGUACUUGAAGAUUUCCUCUUAACUUUGCUCAAGAAGCACUCAGAAACAAAGAGCCCAGCUUCAAUAUUUAAGUCAAGAAAAUGAAACAUUCAUGUGCUGUAGCUAGAUAUCGUUGCUGUAGCCGAACAACCUGCGCCUGCCCGAGGUUGGGGAUGCACAGCUGAAUUCAUAUUCUGGUCAUAAAACCUGCAUUUAGGGACACAAAUUCUAACCAAUCAGACUAAAUAAAUCAGCAGGCCCAGGUUUUAUCAUCACAGAUAGCCCUCGUUAAUCCAGCAAGUUUUUCCUGAAGACAAAGGACAAAAUGAAUUGCUUCAUCGGAGUUGCCUGAGCAGCAUGCUAAUGCGGGGAGGUGGAGGGAAUGAAUUAUUCAUGCCUGAGCAGGCAGAUCCUGGCUUCCCCUGUCACCACCGCAACAAGUGGCAGCCGUCCCGGCCGCGCUCGGGCCGCCGCGCAUCCCCCGGGAGCCCCGAAAUGCCAUCUGGAGAGGGGAAAGCUCCGCGCCUCCGCUGCGCCCGACACAGCCGGCUGGAUUUCCAGGUUAAGCCUUAUGCAAAAUGGACCCGGGAAGCACAGUCGUUCGUCACUCAAAUGUACCUGACCAUAAACUGCUCUGCCUGGGAGAAAACGGGUUGCUUUGGAGUAACACAAAAGCAAUGGGGCAUUGACGGUCAGAGGACAUGCACAGGCCUACGGCGGGAGAGUGCUGCGGAGAGAAAAUCAAGCUCUACCAAGGAAUCUCUGCCAUCACAAAAUACAACAUUGAUUUCACCGAUAGUCAUUUCACAGAUGACUGAUGAGAAUAAAUCAAAAGAAAAUUGGGCCGCUUUGCCUAUGCAGCCCACGAUCCUCCAGCCCCGUGCUUACCACACGAAGCAAUCUUUGGCUAAGCAUGGUUCAGUCAGCAUUAACAGAGCAUUUAUGAUACUUCCCAGCAGAUUGGAAAUUCAGGAAUCUCUAGAUGACAUCACAUCUCCAUCGGACUCUCCCACUGCAGCAGAAAAACAGUGUCAAAACCAGCAGAAAGGGUUUGCCUCCAUAACUGUUACAGCCAGGCGUGUUGCUGUGGGCUCCAGUGACCCAGCACGUGGACCUGGGGCUGUGCAAGAGCCCAACGCCGUGUCCUCCACCCUGAGCAAAGUCCCCGCUGCCUUCUGUCGUUGGCCUCCACCAGGCCACACAAACCAACAUGCUUCUCCAUUAAAGAUUUCUGAAUCUUGCUCACAGUUAGGUGAAGAGCCACAGAAGCGGCUUUUUGACCCUGGAAACAAGGAGAACAGCAUGGGUCUUCAAAGCAGUGAUGGGAGAAAGAAAGUACCACCGUCAUUCAUCUCGUGUGUCCACCUUCAGGUUUCUCAGCAGUGUCCAAAUACCAUCUAUUAUUUAGAUAAGUCACUCAAUCUGUGCAUUGACCAACCUCAAAUUAAAUGCCAAAAAAUUCAUAGAUCAACAUUGUCCUUCAAUAUAAAUUGCAGUUUGUCUAGAUUAACAGUAGAUGGAGUAGAUGGCAUAGCUAAUGGAAAGCCAAUAGAGGAGAUAUUUCAAACAAAGCUCCUAGGAGAAAACAAGACUCCACUCAGAUCAAACUUGAGUGCAGACUUAACAGAAAAUAAUGUAAUUAAUAAAGAGAAAACAAAUGAAGACUAUCUGGGUAGUAAAUACCCUUUGAAAAAUGUUUUUGUCUCUGAACUUCCAGCAUUUGUGGAUAUACCCAGAGGACCUAAUAACAUAGUAACAACAAAGAAAGGUGAUGAUAAGCAGUCUGGCAGAUAUCACACUACAUUUCCUCUCCAGCUUCCUAAUUCAAGUGACAAGGCAGGAAUACAAAUGCUGGUGGGAAGCAAGAAGCAGGAAUGUACCACAGGCAGGAGCAGUGCAACAGCCUCUGGCUCCCUUCCAGACACUGCAUCCAGAAAGACAAUCACUGCUGCUACUGAUGGCUCAUCGAAAAAAAGAGGUCCCUCCAGAUCCAAAGAGAUAGAAGCACAGGGCAUCCUGAAACCAAAAAUGUCUCUCUCCAGUAGUAUGUGCAAUAUAAAAGCUUCAUCAAGAAUCCUCUUGGAAGAAAAUGUUCACAGGCAAAACCAGCUCCUAAAAAGUGAUUAUGAAUUCUGUGGUUCAAGUGACAAAAUAAAGGAGCGCAAGGAGGAGGACGAGCGGGAGCGAGCCAGCAGGAUAACACUAUCCACGGCUCGCUCACCAGAUGUUACUCGUGAGAAAAACGAUGCAUUCACCCGGCCAGAAACCAGUUCCCAGCCCAAGAAAACUCCACCAGUCCCCCGGACGCUGCGGGAAGCACUAGAGAUCCAUAAGCCUCAGUUCAUCUCUCGUUCACAAGAAAGGCUGAAGAGGCUCGAACAUAUGGUCCAGCUGAGGAAAGCUCAGCAGAGCGAUGCUCCUGCAAGCACCCAAGAAGCACUUGUUCGCAAGCUUUCCUCAACAUCCACUUCAAGCAAAAAAAAGCAAUACACCAUUCCUCACCCUCUCAGUGACAACCUCUUCAGACCAAAGGAAAGAUUCAUUCCAGAGAAAGAGAUGCAUAUGAGAUCGAAAAGGAUUUACAACAAUUUACCUGAAGUAAAAAAGAAACAAGAAGAAAAACAGAAGCGGAUCAUCAUCCAGAGUAACAGACUGCGUGUUGAGAUCUUUAAAAAGCAAUUACUGGACCAGCUCCUUCAAAGAAACACUGAGUGACAAAGGAUUCUCUUGCCCAUCAUCCUAAUUGGAUAUUGAAUGCUUUUGACUGCUAGAUAAGCCAUAAAAUUUACCAUUAUCUCAAUUACCUGGAGGUAUUUUUCUUAUCUUUGGCUCUUUAUAAAAAGAAAGAUCAUUUAUAUUCAAUUGAAAUUUCAAGGCAUCUUUCAAGUAAUCAAAAACAGUCUAAAAGGGAACACAGCUGUUUCAGAGCAUCACCUUUUGGUCAGUUUACCCAGAGGAAAUAAUUUUAAGAAUUUUUAAUGCAAAUACUGAAUUACAGUGGUAUUAUUUAUCUAAUCUUUUAAAAAGUAUAUGUUUCUGUAGCAAUAGAGCUGGGUUUAUAAGAUCUGGAAAACUUAUUUCUCAGAAGUAUUCUAUUAAUUGAUUUCCUGUGAGUUAAAUCCUUGAAGUAAAGAAAAAUGAAUAUCAUUAUUUGUUAUGUUUAGAAACUAGCUGAAAUAGCAUUACCACAUAAUCAUAGCGGCAGCAGUUUCACAUUAAUACUUAACAUACCAAAAGGGAACAGUAUUUUAGCUCUCUGAAGAACUCUAUUCCUGUUUAUAUAGUGAAUCUACAUAGAAAGCUUACCUGCUAAAGAGUAAUACUUAAAAUUCUGAUUAUAACACUGUUUUUUGUGUUUUUCAUUGUAAUGUAUAUUUUACUCCACUUCUAUGAGCAUUAAGUAUUUAUAGAAAUGGCAUAUUAAGAAGUGGUGCCAAGAAGUAUGUUUGCAUCAAAACUGCAGAACUAAAACCAUCUGUAAUGUUUCCUCCAAAAAUAUUUAAAUCUUUAUUUGUACAUUUUGGAAGUAAAAACAACCAGCUUACAAACCAAUGAAGUUUAUUUAUGGAAUAAAAUAUGAAU